ACUCUAUCCUGACUGGUGUGCUUGGCCUGGAAGCAAAAUCUAUGUGUGAGUGAGUACUGCUGGAGAAUUAUUCUGAUUUGGCUAAAAGAGAAUGAUAGAUAAGACUAGAUUGGCAGGGUCUGGAGAGAUUAUUGAAUAUAUGUGGUUUUGCUGUGUGAAUAGUGAUUGGUUUAUGACAAUAAUUUAUUGGUGAAUUUGUAUUGUUGUGAUGAUAUAAUAAGUCUUUUGAUAUCAGUGAUUUUCAACAUUAAUAUAGGGUAACACAACUUUAAAAUUCAACUAUGUAGUAAACUAUAAAGGCAAUUAUUGUUUCUUUGUUUUUGUUCAUUCACUGUACAUGGUAAUUUAAAGAGCACCUGUUAUGGUGGUACUGUUUUGAAAUAUAUAUAUUUUUUCUAUAUGAUAUACACACUAUUUUGUACUUUUAAUGCCUUUUUUUAGAAUAUAACAGAUAGAUGUGAUGUAUAGGUUUUGAAUAUCAGUAUGAUAUACACAGUAUUUUGUUCUUUUAGUCCCUUUUUUAGCAUAGAACAGAUAGAUGUGAUGUUUGGGUUUUGAAUAUCUGUAUCAUAUACACAGUAUUUUGUAAUUUUAAAUACCUUUAGCAUAGAACAGAUAGAUUAGGUGUAUUUGUUUUAAAUAUCUGUCAUAAAUUGUAGAUUUCUGAUAGAAUGUUUAUCUAAGGGCUUAGCACAUCUGACUCUAUGUAAAAGGAAAAAGGAAACCUCACACUCAGUCAUGCUUCAGAUUUUGCUCCUCCUGGCAACUCUUAUUGAGUGCCCACCCAGUCACGCCCACUAUUUGGCCUCUGCUCCCGUAAUUAUCCAGUAUCAGGUCUGGGAAGAGCAGCCCUCAGGGACAAGGGUGGGCCGCCUCCUGGAUGACCUGCGUCAGCGCGGGGAGACAGGGUCACUUGAAAACUUCCAGGUCGUGCAGCAUGGGCAUGCCCUACCAGUCACAGUUGCUGCAAGAGAUGGCACUGUGUCAACACUAGGUAAGCUGGAUCGAGAAGAGCUAUGCUGGGGAGCAGAACUCUGCGAACUGGCCUUUAGCAUCCUCUACAGAAAGGGUGGUGCUAUGCACUUCCUCUCAGUUCGUGUUGAGGUGAUGGACCUAAAUGACCACAGCCCAGUCUUUCCGAGCCCAGUCCAGGAGGCCGAGAUCUCAGAGACUGCCUUACUGAGAAUGCGCAUCCCUUUGGACCAUGCAGUGGAUCCAGAUGCUGGACCUAAUGGCCUGCAAACCUACUCGCUGUCUUCCAACGAGCACUUUGCUUUGGAUGUCCGUACCUCUGGAGGGACCAAGAAGGCUGAAUUGGUGGUCAUCAAAGAGUUAGACAGGGAGUUGCAGUCAUCUUUAGAAUUGAUUCUUACUGCCUGGGACAAAGGGAACCCGCCCAAGUCGGGCAGCACAAAAGUUAUAGUCACAAUUCUGGACUCUAACGAUAACAGCCCUGUAUUUGAAGAUGCCCCGUCAUUUAUUGAGCUGGCAGAGGAUACCAUUCGUGGGACGUUUGUCAUUAAUCUCCAUGCAACAGACCCUGAUCAAGGUGCAAAUGGGGACGUGGAGUACUCCCUUAGUAAACAUGUCCCGGUGGAAGUUCAAAGGCUGUUCAGCAUCCAUCCCAAAACAGGUGCUUUGACUUUACAAGGCCCUUUAGAUUUUGAAGAAAAGAGCAUGUAUGAGGUAGACAUCCAAGCUCGAGAUCUUGGGCCCAAUGCAAUCCCGUCUCAUCACAAAUUGCUGGUCAAAUUGCGAGAUGUCAAUGACAAUGCUCCACGGAUACACAUAACAUGGACUCCACCAGAUUCCCCUGUUGCCACGGUAUUAGAGGGAGCACCAAGUGAGACUUUCCUUGCUCUUGUAAUGGUGUCAGAUGCUGAUUCAGGGGCAAAUGGCCUGGUACGAGUUCACAUUCUGAAUGGCUCUGGCCCCUUCCUUCUCAAGCAAAUCCAUGGAGAUAAUUACAUGGUUGUAACUAAUGAUACUCUGGAUCGCGAGAAACAAAUGGAGUAUAAUCUCACUCUUCUAGCUCAAGACGGUGGUGAUCCUUCUCUCUCCUGUAUUAAGCACCUGACUGUCCAUAUUUUGGAUGAAAACGAUAAUGCACCAGUGUUUACCAAAAGUCAUUACCGUAGUGUCUUCAAAGAGAACAACAUACCUGGCUUCCAUUUCUUGACAGUGGAGGCCCAUGAUGUUGACCUGGACUUCAGUGGAAGGGUAUCAUUCUCUAUUCGUGAGUCAAAUGAACUGGGGACACAGACAGCAUUUUUCUCUGUCCACCCAACCAGUGGGGCUGUUACUGUCCAGCAAUCUUUAGACUAUGAGAAAUCACGCACCUACUCUUUUAUUGUAGAGGCUGUUGAUCAAGGAUAUCCACCAAUGACCAGUAGUGCAACAGUGCUGGUUGAGAUACAAGAUGCUAAUGACAAUUAUCCUGUAAUACAUGAGCCCUUACCCAAGAAAGGGGUCGCGAUGCUGAGUGUCCCAGUGAAUGUGGAAGAAGGGGAGAUUGUGACUGAACUUGGGGAUAAAGCUCUUGAGAGUAGCAUCCACAAACCAAAAAAUAGCUCUUCCCACAACAAUCCUGAGGGUUUUCUUGCCACCACCAUCCAGGCCAGUGAUCCAGAUUCUGGUCUCAAUGGAAGACUACAUUUUAGGAUAACCGAUGGCAACCCCUCUAACAUAUUCUUUCUGGACAAAACUACUGGGCAACUCUAUGUGAACACAUCUAAUGCCACUGAAUUGAUUGGUAGAACAUUUAAACUGGGUAUUGCAGUAUCUGAUAUGGGAACACCUGUGCUAAUCACAACAACCACUUUGGAAGUGACUUUCAUCAAUUUUCGUGACCACUUCAAGAACUUGUCUCAAGAUAACCAGGCCCAGUACAGUUUUACAAUGCUUUUAGCCAUCUGUCUUGGAUCAACCUGCCUGUUAUUACUUCUAGCUGUUGUGUUGGCCAAGACUUUCUGUCAUCCCAACAAACGGGACAACCAUGCUUAUAAUUGUAGACAAGCUGAGUCAACUUACACCCGGCAUCCACGACGGCCUCAGAAACACAUUCACAAGACUGACAUCCAGUUGGUACCAGUGCUUAGGGGUCAAAAGGAAACCCCACCUGAGGAUGAAGCUGAGGCACUGUCCUCUACAUCACCCUUAAUGGAAAAGCCUCUUCCACAGUGCCAGUUUAACCUAACACCUACGCUUGCUCGCAUGGCUCAAAAUCAAGCUUAUUCAGAAAUGGAUGGGAACCCACCACUUACACCAAGCAAGACUCUCAGGAAACCUGGGAGCAUAGAGUGGAAUGGAACACUACCUUAUAACCCAAGUACACCUUAUCGAACCCUGCACAAGACCAGAAAUUCUUCUUCCUCGUCUUUCACAAACUCACAGGUCGGCACACUCAGAUGCCACAGAAAUGAAGUCAACUCCACUACCAUGGACCCCUCACAAUCUAUGGCUUCAGUACACAGUAAUCAGGCUACACUUUGGAGACCAAAGACCACAGAAAGAAGAGGAAGGAUGGAAGAAUAUGACCAUAAACAGAUCCUAAGGAAACUUGUUCGACUCUCGAUGGCAGCCUUUGAACACAACAGCUCCAUUGAAUUGUCCUCCGCCUCACCUGAAGUGCAACAGGUGUCCCAGCUCUUGGCUCUGCUGCAUCAGGGGCAACUUCAGCCUCGACCAAAUUUUCGUGGAAACAAGUACUCACACCGAACUGGCAGGUCAGGGGCUCAAGAUGCUGACUGGCUGAGCACUAAGGACAGCGGUCACGGUGAGAGUGAAAUGGGGGAUAUGGACUGGGAAACGGGCAGAGACUCACCUGUGGACCCCUUAUAUGAAGAAGGCCUCAAUAAUCUGCUUCAUUCUGAUGUUUUCUCAGAUGUUCCAGAUCCAGCAUGGAUGGCUCGUCUCUCUCUUCCUCUCAGCACUGACUACCAUGAAAACCUGUUUGUCCCAGAUGGGCCACCAUCCCCUGAUGGUCCCUGCCCCAUGGCUAGUCCUGAUGAUUCUACUUCCUUCUCCACCUUUGGUAAAACCUCAGAUAUGAGCAGCGCGCUGGGCGGCAGAGCUCUGAUGCCAGAAGUGAGCUCUCUUUUUGAGAUGCUGUUGACACGGAAAGCUGAUGCUCAGUCAUGCCCGCCUGCAGAUGUGCUGUACAGACUCUCAGCAGCUUAUAGACGCUCACUCGGGUUAGACGCACCUGCGAAUGGAGCUGUUGCCCCCACGCGCCACCAAGGGCCAACUUCCAUAAUGCAAUGCUCCAACCAAAUGCCGUAACAGCAAGGAAAAUAUUGAUAUAAUAAUUUAUUCCUUGUGCCAUAUUUGAGGUGUUCUGCAAAAACCUCAAAUAAUUCCAGAGUGAAUGCUGACCCCUAAAAAUCAAUAGCAACAGUUCAAAAUACCAUUAUCUUGGCCAGGUCUGUCUGGAACAGGUCUUGGCCAAUACAAUCAAGAACCUACUAGAUGCAGGAGGGUCCAAAAAUCUGAUUUUCUAAUUUCAACUUUUUGAAACUCUUUUUUCUACUCUUGAACUCUUUUUUCUAACAUGAAUUUCAGAAUUUUUCAGUGUUUGGUUUGUCCAUCUUGUGCAUGCUUUUAAACACAGCAUAGUACAGAAUAUGAAAUAUUUCCUAAUAAAAAAAUUAAUAAUGAAUAAUGGAUCCAUAAUGGAUAAAAGCGUCAGGCAAAUGACAUCAUAACUUUUUUUUUUUCUCUCUUCAAAAUCCUAAAUGGGGUAUAAAAAAUAUUUUAAACAAAUAACAACGUUAUCUGAGACUUUUGUACAAAAAAAAAAAAAAAACCUACAAAAAAAGAAAAAAUUCUUUUUUAAAUUUCACAAAAUUCCAUCAAAUUUAAUUGUGUAAUAUUUAACUAAAUUAAAUUAGUUAAACUUAAAAUAUUUGUUUUUUUAGUUAUUUUAUUAAAAAUUAUGUGCAUCAAUUUGAUGGAAUUUUAUGAAAUUUAAAUGCGUACAUUUAAAAAACAAAUUUUUGGAGUUUCUUUAUAAAAAAAAAAAAAACAGGAAAAAAAAAUACAUUUUUUUUUAUCCAGUCCUGUGUUGAUAAAAGUGUGCAAAUAAUAAUUUUUUAUUACAAUAUUUGCUGAAAACAUCAUUUUGCAACAAGAGUAAUUCAUUCUUAACAAGUCCCGUUGAUUGGUGUGACUCCAGGACAGCAGACAUGAUUCUGUCCUCUUUUUAAGAGGAAAUAGUUUUUUGUAUUCCCUAAAGAGUAAACAACUUAACAAAUCCUGUUUCUGACAAGGAAUUUACUAAAUUCUGUCACAAAGACUGCAGGAUUUCCUCUGCCAUGUCUGAACAGCUUCUAACGAUGGUUGUUUUGGUUAUUAAUCUUUCCCUCCAGUCUCUUGUGGAAAUACUAUUUUGUAAUUGUUAAAAAGAUAUUUCUUGGUCAGAUAUGUUUGAUCUAAACACUGUAUAUAAUUAAAUACCAGGUUGGGUGAAGACUGCAAAGCACUGAAGGCAAAAUCCAGUUAUGCUCUGAAUGUUCAGAUGAUUUGCUUAGGAUGAUAUAAGUUAUUGAUUUAAAAAUAAAGUUGUAGAAUUUUUGCAAUACUAUUUUGUAUAUAAAUGUAGUAAUUUUUGUGUGCAUAAGUGCUAGUGUUAUUGUAAACCAUAUAAGUGAAAUAAACAUUUCAUAAACUCG